CUUUUUCUUCCUCCUCCUCCUUCUCCUCGCUCUGAGACUCACAGCGAAGUGUUUCUUGUGCAAUGAUAGGAGUUCAAGGGAAGAAGGAACGGACUGGUCUGAAAGAGUCGAGAUGUGGGAUCGCCGUUUGUUUCCCAUCUAAAUCGACGACGACAACAACAAGAACACCAACACCAAAUCCAACAACAACAUUAACAUUAACAGCAAACUUGAAUUAUUAUUAUUAUUGAACAACAUCAACAAAUAUUUGCUUUGAAUUGUUAAUAACAAAAGUGAACUAGUCUCUCAGAGACGACUAUUUAUACUACACACACACAUAUAUAUACAUAUAUAUACACACACACAUAUAUAUUUAUAUAUAUAUGAGUAUGUAUGUGUAGGGUGUUGAAUAUGUAUGUCGAUAUUUUGUUUGUGUGAAAGCAAAUUCGAUGUUGGUCGUCUUUAAAAACACUGUUUUGAAUAUAAAGAACACACGGUUCUACCGAAAUACGGACGGAAUGGACUGCUAAAAACCCAAGAGGAUACUAUUUACCAUUAUUUCAAACAAGUUUGGUUCCGCUAGUGAGGAAUAUAAUUAUAUAUUUAUAUACAUAUACACAUACUCAUACACACACACAUAUUUAUUUACAUCUAUAAACAGCCUCUUGUGCCACACACAGACACACACACAGACACACUCGCACCAGCGACUACCAAAAGUGGAACUGUUUUGGGAGGGUUUCUUUACUUCAGUCAUCGAUGCUUUGUAGAGUUUAGUAGGUUUCCCUGUAAAGUUAAAAAAUCGCUUGUUCAAGUACAACUUGAAACUACAUCACCCCUUGACUGAAAAACAGAAAUAAAGUGUGUACAUGUAAUAUAUAAUAUUAUAUAAUAUAUAUAUAUAUAUAUAUAUAUGUAUGUAAUGUAUGUAUGUAUGUAAACUGUAUGUUUUUAAAGUCACGUUCUCGUUAAAUAUUACGACAGUUUAUGUAUAUUAGAGAGCACAUAUACACACACAUACAAUCAGAUUUGCAGAGGCUGAUGAGAGACAUUCACAGUCGGGUACCUCGAGCAAAUCAGCGACUCUGUAUGGUCGGUGCGUGUGUGCACACGUGUGAAGGUGGCUUUUCAACACCUCAUCUUCCACCCCUCCCAGCCCCGCACUCACAAUUCCCACUGUGCUAUAAAAAUACAAUAUUGAUAUUUGUAUAAAUAUUUAUCUAUGUCUACGAGGUGUAAACAAGUGUGUAUGAAUAUCCUGCCGAAUAUAUAUCUUUAUUUAUAUGUAGGUUUUGUCUAAAUGUUGUUUGACGCAACACUGACCACAACACUUCAGCGGUGAAUCGCUCUCUCUCCUUGUAAAUUGCUCCGUCUAAGAUAUAUAUCUCUUAUAUAUAUAUAAAUCCCUUCUCUUUAUGAAAUAUAUAAUAUGUAUAUAAUAAUAAAUGUAUAGACGUAGAUGAUGUCUAUAUUUCUCUAUAGACUUGCUGCUGUGAUUGCUAGACACCGUAGUGCCAUUCUAGUGUGCACUACCUAAGGAAAUUCUACUACACCAACAAUCAUACCAAAACACUCCACCAAGUAUGGGAGACAACGGUUUAACACGGAUUUUACUUGUUAGCGCCAACGUUGGAUCCAUUUUCGAGGAUUUAAGUCGCUGUCACAAGGCAAAACAUCGAACUCAUCCGGACAAUACAUUAAAAUUAUGGCUACGGGAAUUUCAAAAGUGCUUGCAUCGGACUGAGCCGCGAUUCUUGGCCGUACAUUGUCAAGAAGUCGGUGGGAAAAACUAUGAGGACUCUAUGCAACACGUGAAUAAUUUUGUAACGAGUUUAUUAGGCUGCGAUGAAUUACAGAACUUUGACAGGGUUCGGGUAUUCCUGGAUGAAGAUUUCACUGCAGCUGACAAAUUUACCGCUCUGGGCAAUCUCUAUUUUGUUCAUGUCGAUGUGGAUGUGGCAGAAAUAUGGGACUUUGAAGCCAGCAAGUUUCUUACGGUUGAAGGUCGAGAGGUCCAGUCUGGUAAUAUUGAGAAUGUCACCGUCAAAGAAAAAGCCAAGUUCCCACAGAGAUUCUACCCCGAUUUUAAAUGGUCCCGAAAAGGAUUUUUACGAACUCGAUGGAAUAUCAAUAAUUGUGCAUUCGACCUUUGUAACAUUCAUCUUUUCCAUGAUGCUUCAAAUAUUAUUGCAAUGCAAAAUAGUCCCUCCGUAUAUUGUGGAAACAGAAAAGAGGCGCUACGGCACACACUACAACGAUUCGAUGAAGAUAAAUUUGAAAAAUUACCGAUGUUUAUUUUUGGUGACUUCAACUUCCGACUGGAUUCACAUCUAUUAAUCAAGGAAUUAACAGACAAAACUCUCCCUCAACAUACCAAAGGCAAGAAGGACCAGUUGGCCAAAAUUGUCUUCAUAGAAGCAGACAACAAUGAGAAAGCCAUACUGACUGUGGAGAGCAAACAGUUUAAUUAUCACGAUAAACACACAGAAUUCUUUUAUAACAAAAAUAACAUGUUGCAACAGUAUGAUACAGAGUUAGAUGCAUUCAAAGACCAAAUAUCAGAAUUUGAAAUUAGUUUCCCACCAAGUUAUCCAUUUAGUGAAGACACAAACGAUGGGCUGUCAUAUAUGAAGACGAGAUGUCCCUCUUGGUGCGACCGUGUCUUAUUUAACCACAGAGCAAAGGAUAUAAUUGUCCAUAAUGACGAACAUCGACUUGAAUAUGAUGUCAUAGGCCAUAAUACCUGCAUGGGUGACCACAAGCCAGUCUACCUUCUAUUUCAUGUGAAGAACGGCCCAGGUAACUCACCUCAAAUUCCCACUUCCACCAGACAUUUGCGAAGGAACACCUUGUCUGUAAAUGGCGAGGACAUGAGCGACGUAGAAAUUGCAAAGUUGAAUAUUCACGAUUAUGCUGUGUUUGAAUACGAGCAGAGGCUGCUCUCUAACUUUCGGAAUAGUGUUCGGUCUAGGAAUUAUGCCGAGAACCAUCUAUCAAAAUCUUCUCUGAACGGUGCUGAAGAGUCUCGUAUCUCCUUCCAUGACACGGCUAGACAGGUGUUAAUGGCUGAGAGUGUUCUGAUGAACUGGCAGCGUCACAUGAAACACCAUAGCUCUUCAUCAGAAGACUUCAUUGACACCAGCCUCGAUGACCUUCCUGAGCACCUUGGAAAGAGUAACCUCGACAACCUCGAUCAAGCUUCGACACUGACCUUGUUGUCGUCGGAGUAUUACAAUCCAAGUAUCAACACAUCAAACCUCGAUAGCAAUUCUCUAAUUCUGUCACAGCAUCCGACCGUUCAUGCUCCCAGCCUAGGUACUCCUGCAGAUUCUGGUGGCAGUGGCAGAGAUGGUAGCCUCAGUAGUAUGACGAUGCAUGAAGCACAUUCCACACCUCACACCACAGAUGUCCAAUGUGCAUGUAAUGUUGUCCAGCCAUGUCCUGACAGUGUUAGCGGAAAAGGGACAUUAGCACAGUCUCCGAGAUCCAUAGGUGUAUCCAGAUCUUCAUCAUUAGCGAAACGCACGUCCUGGCUAUGUCCAUCUUGCACAGUUGUAUGACAUCCUCUCGUCUCCCACCUUCUCCAAUGCACCUCCCCCCUUCAGACAAUUGUAACGUAAAACCCCAGCAGAGAGUGACAAGCUGGACUCUGCCCUUGCGCAGUGUCUCCUUACAACUGACAUUAUCGUCCCUAGCACUCAAGUAAAGAUCUCUCAAGUGGACACCACGAAAUACAUCCAUGUACAACACAACGG